AUGACCGACUCAAUAUUUUCCGAAUAUCCGCCGGGUUUAUCCCAAGCCCAACAAGAAUACCUAGUGACGACAAUCAAGGACUGGGCGAUCCAGAACGGUCUUGCAGUGCGGCCGCCUCCAGCUGCGAUUCCUGAUGGCACAGAUCUUCACCGAGUUCUAGCUACAAAUGCUCCCGUGACCCUUUUCCCCAGUCCAUUCCCGGCUGUUUGCUUUGAAGAGGCCAAGGCCCUACAGACUGUUUAUAACCAACUCUAUGCGACAAUUACUUGCAACGAGGAAUGGCUAGGAAGGGUCAUUGAAGAUCUGAUCGACGUGGACGACUUCGUUGCAAACCUUUGGAAAACACAUCUGGAGGUAAAGAAGGAAGGCUACGUCCAACCGCUAUCCUUGGGUCUUUUUCGAUCCGACUACAUGGCGCAUGUCACGCCUGGAAGUACACCAUCACUAAAACAAGUGGAAUUCAACACGAUAUCUUCAUCUUUUGGAGGACUAUCUGCACUGGUGCGCACGUUGCAUGCGGAGCUCUUGAUGUCCCCUCCCGGGUUUCCAAUUAGCUACCCGCCACAUCAUCUCUUCGAAUCCAAUAUCCCACCAGAGAACAAUGCCGUUGAAACUCUCUCCGGUGGACUAGCCGCGGCCCAUACAGCCUAUGGCAUGUCCAAAUCGACACCGGCGCUCCCGUUGUGUGUUCUUUUCGUAGUCCAAGAUGGAGAACGGAACAUAUUCGACCAGCUGGCACUCUCGAAACACCUCACUCAAGUUCACAAGAUUCCUGUCUUUCGCUUGCCGAGCAACAGAAUCUUGAAUGACACACUCAUUCCCAGCUCGAACUCUUCUCGGCCAUUAAUCUAUCACCCUCCCCACUCCCCAGGGUCAGCAUUCGAGGUGACCACGGUGUAUCUACGAGCAUACUAUGCCCCCGAUGAGUACAAGUCCAGUAAAGAUUGGACAGCUCGCGUUCAUCUGGAGCGCUCUGCUGCUAUCAAGUGCCCGACAGUACUUAAUCAACUCUCCGGCUGCAAAAAGAUUCAGCAAGUUUUAGCCGAGCCUACAGGGCCUGACCACCUCUCCAGCUUUAUGAGCGGCAGUGAUCCUGCUGUCGUUGCCAGGCUGCGAGAAACGUUUGCGCCUCAAUAUGACCUGUCGUCAGAUGGCCGGGGCCGAGAACUAGCACUCAACCCCGAGACCGCCAUGAAGCAUGUCCUCAAACCACAACGGGAAGGUGGUGGGAAUAAUAUCUACAAGUCUGAGAUUCCAGAUUUCUUGCGUUCGAUUCCCGAAAAGGAUUGGAAGGGCUGGGUGUUGAUGGAACUGAUCAACCCGGCGCCCAAUGCUGAAAAUGUUGCUUUGCGCAACGAUGGGGAGGUCCUCCGGGGCAAGGUCAUUUCUGAGCUAGGCGUCUAUGGCACUAUUUUGUGGGAUAGUACUGGAAAGGCUCUUCACAAUGAUCAAGGCGGGUGGCUGCUGCGGACCAAAGGCCAAGAGGUCAACGAAGGUGGUGUGGCUGCUGGCUUCUCGAGUUUGGAUAGCAUACUUCUCUACUAG